CGGGGCCUGAGGGCGGCCGGCGGAGGCGGCGGCGAUGGCGGCGGAGCGCGGGCCGGUCAUGGCCACCUGCACGGCCCCCGUGAACAUCGCCGUCAUCAAAUACUGGGGCAAGCGUGACACCGACCUCAUCCUGCCCAUCAACUCCUCCCUGAGCGUGACUCUGCACCAGGACCAGCUCAAGACCACCACGACGGCGGCGGCCAGCCGUGAUUUCACGGAGGACCGGCUGUGGCUCAACGGGAAGGAGGUGGACGUGGGGCACCCGCGGGUGCAGGCCUGCCUGCGUGAGGUUCGGCGCCUGGCACGGAAGCGCCGCGGGGGCGGCGAGGACGCGGCCGCGCUCAGCCUUUCCUACAAAAUCCACAUCGCCUCCGAGAACAACUUCCCCACGGCCGCCGGGCUCGCCUCGUCCGCCGCCGGCUACGCCUGCCUGGUGUCGGCGCUGGCCCGGCUCUAUGGCCUGCAGGAAGAGCUGUCCGAGGUGGCCCGGCGGGGCUCGGGCAGUGCCUGUCGCAGCAUGUUCGGGGGCUUCGUGCAGUGGCAGCGCGGGGAGCGCCCCGAUGGCACCGACAGCCUGGCCCUCCAGGUGGCCCCCGAGACGCACUGGCCGGAGCUCCACGUCCUCAUCCUGGUGGUCAGUGGGGAGAAGAAGCCGGUGGGCAGCACGGCGGGGAUGCAGACCAGUGUGGAGACCAGUCCCCUGCUGAAGCACCGGGCAGAGGUGGUGGUCCCCGAACGCCUGGCCCAGAUGAUGCGGCACAUCCGCGACCGGGACUUCGAGGGCUUUGGCCAGCUGGCCAUGAGGGACAGCAACCAGUUCCACGCCACCUGCCUCGACACCUUCCCGCCCAUCUUCUACCUCACCGACGUGUCUCGCCGCAUCAUCGCGCUGGCGCAUCGCUACAACGCCCACCACGGCCACACCAAGGUCGCCUACAGCUUCGACGCCGGCCCCAACGCCGUCAUCUUCGCGCUGGCCGACACCGUGGCCGAGUUCGUGGAGGUGGUGAGGCGCAGCUUCCCGCCCGCCACCAACGGGGACCAGUUUGUCCGGGGGCUGCCCGUGGGCUCGGCCGCGCUCUCGCAGGAGCUGGUGGGCGCCGUGGUCACCGAGCCCGUGCCGGGGGCUGUCCAGUACAUCCUGCACACCCAGCCCGGCCCUGGUCCCCAGCUCGUGGAUGACCCCAGCCAGCACCUCCUGGGAGCGGAUGGGCUGCCCCGGAGCCGUGCCUGACCCUGGUGACACCCUGGGACAGCUGGGACGCUCUGCCGGCGCCAGCAGCAGCCCUCAGGACCCUGAGGCAGGCCUGCUGCAAAGCUGUCCCCAGCCCUGGGGCAGGAUGUGACCCCCGGGGCUGGUUUUUAAUCUUUUCUAAUUUGGAAAUAGAAGAUCCCUGUUUCCAGUGCUGUUUUGGGGUGUCGGGUUCUGUGUGUGGUGUUGAGGGGAGAACAGCGCCAGCCAAAAGGGGGAGACAGGAGAUGGGGACAUUCCCUGGGGUGUUCCCGUUCCUGCGCACAGCCCUGUCCCCCCGCAUGACCCCUGUGUCCCUUGUGGGGCAGCUCCCGUGCCAUUUGCCGCCGUGUCGUCACUGAUCCUGUCCCUUGCUGGGCCGAUCCCGUGCCCAUCCCUCAGAUGUCCCUGACGGACAGACGAUCCUGUCCCCCCGGGUCGGACUGACCCUGUCCCAUCCUUGUCACCUCCCGUGUCCCUCUGUCCCCCCGGGUCGGACUGACCCUGUCCCAUCCUUGUCACCCCCCGUGUCCCUCU